AUGACUAGCUCACAGAAACGAGUUGGACUCGUCGGUCUCUCGGCCAAAGGAUCAUGGGCGUCCAGCUCUCAUCUUCCUCACCUCCAGCGCACUUCUUACUAUACUAUUACUGCUCUCCAAAAUAGCUCUCUUGACUCAGCCAAAGCAUCAGCCAAACAGUACUCUCUAAACUCAGUUUCCACCCACGACUCCCCCGAUUCUAUUGCUCAGGACCCCAAUGUAGACAUCGUAGCCGUCAGCGUCAAUGUACCCCUACACUACGCGCUCAUCCGUCCCGCUCUCGAGGCAGGGAAAGACGUUUUCUCUGAAUGGCCCUUGGCGCGGAAUUUGAAAGAAGCAGAGGAAUUGACUGCUUUGGCUCAGGCAAAGGGCGUGAGAACGAUGGUGGGCUUGCAAGCCCGUCAAAACCCUUCGAUUCUCAAAGCAAAGGAAAUCGUUGAGUCAGGAAAACUAGGGAAAAUCUUGGGGACGACGAUGUUCGGUCAUGGCAUGAUAUUCGGCGGCACAAUUUUUCCCUCCCAUCUAUACAUGCUUCCAGUCGAAGCAGGCGCAAAUGUCCUCACCAUUCCCUUUGGUCACGCUGUCGACGCGCUCUGCUACGUGUUUUCUAGCGAACUCCGCUCAAUCUCCGCCGUGCUAUCGAACCGCUACCCAGAACUUGAGUUGAUCGAUGAGAAGACCUACCAGCCCAAGGGUGAAAAGAAAAGUAAAACUUCCCACGACUUUAUUUCCAUGACUGCAGAACUUGUCAACGGAGGCGGCAACGUGGAUGUCAAUUACGCUCCGGGUUUGUCGCGCAGUGGACGAGAUUUCUACUGGGAGAUUAUCGGAUCCGAGGGUACACUUGUCUUAGAAGGACCGAAGAUGGGUGGACAUGUGCAGAUGUUCCAGCCUACUGUCAAGAUCGCACUGGGUCAGGAAGAACUCAGAGAAGUUGAAGUGGAGAAGGCUGAGGAUACGUCGUUUAAUGUGGGGAGGGCCUGGGAUGCGUGGGCUGGGGAAGGUGUAGGCAGUGUUACGACCUGGGAGGAUGCUGUUAUUAGGCAUAAGAUGAUUGAGGCGAUCUACAGAAGUGCGGAAAAGGGUACCAAGGAGGAUUAUGCGUAG